UUGUGUUCACCAAUUUGGUUGUCAUCUUUCAAAUACGCCUGUCGUCGGCUCUUCGAAACACUCGCAUUACCAGUCCGCCAGUUCAUCUAAUUUCUUCUUCAAACUCCAUUUUUUUUGCCCCAAAAUUUUCACUUCAAAAAUUAUUCUUAGUAGGUUAAGUGUUUAAUUAUUGGAUUUAGGGUUUUAUUUUGGGUAUUUGGGGUAUCCAAGUGGAAGAAGAGAAGGACACUACUGUGUCAGUGUGUGCCCUAGGCGCCUGCCAUUGAGGCCCUACUACAGCCGCCGCCUGCCGUGCUAUCUCCUGUGACCGGCACUACCUGACCACCACGGCUCCAUCGUUGGGCGUCCACCUGCCGUCUGCCGCACCAGCUCUGCUCUUCUCUCCAAUCUCCAUCAUUAAUUGGACCAUUUCUCUUCUUUAAGUAGGAUUUAGGAGUACCAAAAUGGAGAAUGAUAUUAUGGCAUCAGUUCGCUCUGUAGUGUUCAAAGAGUCAGAAACCCUCGAAGGAAAAUGCAUUAAGAUUGAGGGUUAUGACUUUAAUCAAGGAGUAAACUAUCCCAAGCUUUUGAAAUCAUUUAUCUCUACAGGUUUUCAAGCAUCUAAUCUCGGAGAAGCUAUUGAUGUUGUAAAUGAAAUGCUAAAUUGGCGACUGGCAAACGAGAUAAUUACUGAAGAUUGCAGUGAGGAAGAGAAAGAUCCUGUGUUUAGGGAAUCUGUAAGAUGCAAAGUGUUCUUAGGUUUUACCUCAAAUCUAACCUCUUCCGGUGUUCGUGAAACUAUUCGAUAUCUGGUUCAGCAUCAUAUGGUUGAUGUUGUUGUAACAACUGCUGGUGGUGUAGAAGAGGAUCUUGUUAAAUGCCUGGCUCCUACAUUCAAAGGUGAUUUUUCUUUACCUGGAGCUCAGUUGCGCUCCAAAGGAUUGAAUCGUAUUGGUAAUUUAUUGGUUCCAAAUGAGAACUACUGCAAAUUUGAGGAUUGGAUCAUUCCCAUUUUUGAUAAAAUGUUGGAAGAGCAAACUACAGAGAAGAUCAUAUGGACACCAUCCAAAGUGAUUGCUCGUUUGGGAAAAGAAAUAAAUGAUGAGAGUUCAUACCUUUAUUGGGCCUACAAGAAUGAUAUUCCAGUAUUCUGCCCGGGUUUAACAGACGGAUCUCUCGGAGACAUGUUGUAUUUUCAUUCAUUUCGAAAUCCUGGUUUAAUUAUCGACAUUAUUCAAGAUAUCCGAGCUAUGAAUGGGGAGGCUGUUCAUGCGACUCCUAGGAAGACUGGCAUGAUAAUUCUUGGUGGAGGAUUGCCAAAGCACCACAUUUGCAAUGCAAAUAUGAUGCGUAAUGGGGCUGAUUAUGCAGUAUUCAUUAAUACUGCCCAGGAGUUUGAUGGUAGUGAUUCUGGUGCUCGUCCUGAUGAGGCUAUAUCCUGGGGGAAAAUUCGAGGUUCUGCUAAAACCGUUAAGGUACAUUGUGAUGCUACCAUCGCUUUCCCUUUAUUAGUCGCAGAGACGUUUGCUACCAAAAGAGAGAAAGAGAGAGAAGCUAUCGCAAAGGCUGAUAUAGAAGGAAGAUCUUGAUGUUCAGUGUCCUAAUCGCACGGCCUUAUUGAUUUCGUGUAAGCAUGAUCAUGCCUGGUUCUUCAUCAAGCUCAAGGCCCUAAUUUUGGAAAGCCCACUAUUUUUUAUUUAUCUUGUUUUUUGUAGUGGAUGACACUUAGCAAGAUUAAAAAUUUUCUUCAAUUUUCAUUAUUCUUUUUUGAUAAUUGUAUACUUGUCUGGUUGCAGGAUAUAACAACAUUUGUGAAGUGUUUCAUCACUUGCGUAUAUUUAGCAAUUGAUGACUUCUUGUUUAUUAAAAUUAUUGAUUUUGGGUUA